UAUCUUAUCAGCCAGGUGCUGGAAACCGUCGGUGGGCAAAAAAAUAUUUCGAGGCGAGCUUUUGACGGUCUUCCUUUCACCGCCCCGCAGUCUGCAGUCGUUCUCACCGUCCGACGCACUCCAGCAAAACCCCAUUCCUGACGACGUUCCGUGACGCGGAUUUUGCCCACCAUGACGUGGAAAGAUAUUGCGCCCGUUCCGACGUCGCAGGAGUUCAUCGAUAUCGUUCUCUCGCGCACGCAGCGGAGAUUGCCCACUCAGAUUCGCACUGGAUUCAAGAUUAGCAGAAUCCGCGCUUUCUACACCCGAAAAGUCAAGUUCACGCAGGAAACAUGCAGCGAGAAGUUCUCCGCCAUCGUGACGAGCUUCCCGAUUCUGUCCGACCAGCACCCGUUCCAUCGCGACUUGAUGAACAUCCUCUACGAUGCCGAUCAUUUCAAGGUGGCUCUCGGCCAAGUUUCAACAGCGAGACAUCUGAUUGAAACAAUUUCUCGCGAUUACGUCCGCUUGUUGAAGUAUUCGCAAAGUUUAUUCCAAUGCAAACAGCUCAAGAGAGCCGCGCUGGGUCGCAUGGCAACACUCAUCAAGAGGCUGAAAGACCCUCUCGCCUACCUCGACCAAGUCCGCCAGCAUCUUGCUAGGUUACCGGACAUCAACCCCACCACGCGCACCCUUUUAGUUGCUGGGUUCCCGAAUGUUGGAAAGAGCUCUUUCGUGCGAUCAGUGACCCGCGCGGACACUCCCGUCGAGCCGUAUGCCUUCACAACGAAGAGCUUGUUCGUCGGCCAUUUGGACUACAAAUAUCUUCGGUAUCAGGUUAUCGACACUCCGGGGAUCCUAGAUCACCCAUUGGAGGAGAUGAAUACGAUCGAAAUGCAGAGUGUAACGGCAUUGGCCCAUCUCAGAGCCGCCAUUUGCUUCUUCAUUGAUAUCAGUGAGCAAUGUGGCUAUUCCCUCAAAGCCCAGUGCAAUCUCUUCAAGUCGAUCAAGCCGCUCUUUUCCAACAAGAUGGUGUUUAUUGUCUUGAACAAGAUGGACAUUAAGAAAUUCGAGGACCUAGAGCCAGAGUUGCAGGCCGAGUUAGAGGACUUGACAAAGUCGGGUGAGGUGGAGCUGUUGCGUGCGUCUUGCGCUACCCAGGAUGGUGUUCAAGACGUCAAGAACCACGUUUGCGAGCGGCUCCUUGUGGAGCGUGUCUCUCAGAAGUUGAAGGCAGGUACCGGAAGCAACGGCGCUAUGGGAUCCCGCCUCACUGAAGUCAUGACGCGCAUUCACGUCGCCCAGCCGCUUGACGGCAUCACCCGGGAGACCUUCAUUCCGGAAGCUGUCAAGAAUCUCAAGAAGUACAGCAAGACCGACCCGGAGAGGAGAGUUCUGGCACGGGAUGUCGAAGAGGCGAAUGGAGGCGCUGGUGUCUUCAACGUGGACAUGAGGAAAGACUAUCUCCUCGAUGAUCCGUCGUGGAAGUAUGACAGGAUACCGGAGGUGUUCGACGGCAAGAACGUCUAUGACUUCAUUGACCCUGAUAUUGAGGCCAAACUUGCCGCUCUCGAGGAGGAGGAGGAGAGACUGGAGAAGGAGGGCUUUUAUGACUCCGACGAGGAUCUUGAAGACGAGUCUGAAGUUGAGGUGCUCGAGAAGGCCGAAUACAUCCGUGAGAAGCAUCGCCUGAUCCGCAAUGAAGCCAAGAUGCGCAAGUCUCUCAAGAACCGCGCCAUAAUCCCGAGAAAGGCGCUCAAGAAGUCGUUCUCCCAGUUGGAGGACCACCUCGACCAGCUCGGUGUAGACACAGAGGAGAUUGGCCUACGCGGUCGGACACAAACACAGUCUCGCGGCCGAUCUUCUGCUCGCAGCCGUACUGGCACCGAGGAUCCGGAUGCCAUGGAUGUCGAUUCCAACAAGACGCCCCGCGAGCGCCUCCGCUCGAUGAGCCGCGGGGCCAGCCGUGCGCGCAGCCAGCCUGCCGUGGACAGGUUGAACGACGGUGUGACGGACGGAACGGCACGGACCACAGCCGAGAGAGUGGCCAAGCUCGGCCAGAGAAGGAUGAACAGGAUGGCCCGCCAGGGAGAGGCCGACAGGCACAUUCCUGCGACCAUGCCCAAGCAUUUGUUCUCCGGAAAGCGUACCAUGGGAAAGACCAACAGCCGUUAACUUGGCGUUGCUGGUUGUGGUUUGCGUUAUGGUUGUGUAUGCUUUGGGGAUCUACGACUAUUCUCCGCUUCUCAUACCUACACCCUUUCUUAUCUUUAUUCGCCAAGGAUGGCGGGCUGUGGAGGGGAAGAAUCAGAAAGCAAGAAAAGAGACUUGCACGACAUCUUUGUUUCCGGCGCACAUAGGAUUCUUGAUGUCUGAUUUAUGUGACGGGUAGUGGAAAAUAUACUAGUAAAAGAAUAGUUACCAAGACCGAAAAUCGCGUAUUUCUGGACUAGAAU